AACAAGUCAGAAUUGAUGCACAGCACGCGCUUGAUAUAAUGCUUUAUUAAUAUUUCAUCGUGAAUUUUUUGGUUAAAAAGAUGUAACGCUUUGAAUUAUAAGGAAUAAGAACAAAUAUCAGUGCUGAAUAUUAGUUGCUAAUGUGCAUCAGAUUGUAGAGAUCAUCAUCUUCAUCUCUGACUCUUUGCUCAGUGAUCUGUGAUUAAUGACGUCACACACCAUGACCUCUGAAAAGCCUAACAUCAAUGAGAAAGUGCUGCAGUAUGAAUCCUUCAUCAGUGAUGUGCUGAGGAGAGAUUUACAGAAGGUUUUGGAGCAAAGAGAUGGUGUGUAUGAAAAAAUAGCACAGUACCUUCAACUGAAGAAUACGAUUAAAAGCAUACAGGAAACUGGCAGCAAAGAAUUAAAGACGGAUGUCGAUCUCGGCUGUAAUUUCUAUGUUCAAGCUCAAGUGCCGGACACUUCUAAAAUCUUUGUCGCCGUCGGAUACGGAUUCUUCCUCGAAUUGACUCUCUCGGAGGCGCUGACUUUCAUCGAGAAGAAAACCAGCCAGCUUACAGAGUACAGCGAGGUUCUCAGCAAAGACGCGGCGAAGAUCAAAGCGCACAUUCGCCUGGUUUUAGAGGGUUUAAGGGAGCUUCAGGGUCUGAAAGACUUUCCAGAGACGGCGAGACGCGAGGUGUUUUAAGUACCUCACGGUGGCGAGGCGAUGGCAGCGACAUCCUUUCCGCCCUUUUAAGACGCAACCACGACUGCAGAUGGCCUGAGCUUGGGGUUUUGCGAAGUGAUCUGUAUUUCAUUGUCACUUGUUUUUUCUUAACAGGUUUUACUGUUGCAUUACUAAAAAUCGAAAGGAUCAGUAUGAAUAGCUGCGACUAUAGUCGUGAUUUUUCUUAGUGGCUGUGAAGGUCCCUUGCCUGAGAUGGUGACUAAUUGCUCUUUGCAAAAAAAUAUAUAUAUAUAUGACUCAUAAGCUUUUGGAAAUGAUGUGGACUCUUGAUGUGUAGUCACCAUGUUAUUAGGCAUUGUGUGCUUCGCUUUUUUGUGCGCGCAGAUCUGAUCCGAGACCUUCUAGCAGUACGUUUUUCAUUUAAAUCUCUAAAGAGAAUCAAGCCUGGAGUGUGAGUGUAAAUGCUUGUGCUCUGAGUCACCUUGAAUAAAAAUACAAAUAUCAAAUAUGUUACGUUUUUUAUUUUUU